AGGGGAGCCGUAAAAACUUCCUGGCUCCGCUAGUGGUUUUAUUUUCCCCAUUCCUUGAAUGUCAGAAAACUUCAGCACGUCUCAGCCCAUCUCGGAAACAGGAGGAUUCUCUCAAGGACCACCGGCCAAAAACACCGAUCCGCGCUCCUGUGUGGACCUAGGUAGGGAGAGAGACCGGACAAAAGAAAUUUAAGCGAAGGGAACGCAGGAGUGACAGCAGCGCGCAGGAGAAAAACGUGUGCACUUUCGCUGUUUCCACACCACCAGCGCCGCCACUGGCCACGCCCUCCUAUGGGCGGGGCCGAGGACUCCUUCCGGGUUUCAGGCGGAAGUGGGCGAAUUUGAAUCGUGCUGGCCGUUGGAUGGGCAGCUCGCAGCUAGCUUGGGGCACAGCGCGAGACGGGAAAAGUGAUACAGGCGACUCUGGAACUUCUGCCCAGCGCUCUGUGGUGCUCCUGUGAGUUAGCUGUCAGGCUGUCACCCAGGCUGCAAUCAUGAAGGCUUGACUGGGACUGGAGGAUCCAUUCCUAAGAUGGCUCACUAAAACGGCUGUGAAUAGGAAGCUUCAGUUCCUUGGCAAGUGGGCCUCUUCAUGGAGUACCUUGAAAGUCCUUUUGACAUGGCAGCUGGCUUCCUCCACAGCAUGAUCCCUAAGAGAGAGCAAGGGGAAGUCACAGUGCAUCCUGUGACAUAGCCACUCAUUGUCAUUUCAGCCACAGUGUUUUUGGUGGGAACAGUCACUAAGUAUAGCCACACUCAAGCAGAGGGGAGUUAAGCUCUACCUUUUGAAGGGACGAGUAUCAAACUGUGAGUAUCACUACUGGAACCAAGUGAAGUCACUAAUUAUAGCCACACCAAGCAGAGGGGAGUUAAGUGCCACCUUUUGAAGGGAGGAGUAUCAAACUGUGUGUAUUGCUGCUGGAACCAAGUGCUAGAACUUUUUCGAUUCAGGAGCUUACACAACGCAUCAUCAUACUUGAAUCUCAUAACAAUCUUUCAAGUAGGCUGUUCAUACACUCUUGUAAAAUGAAUGAAAAUAAAUCUGAUGACUCACAGAACCUUGCUUGUGUUUUCUGUCGAAAAAAUGAUGACUCCCCUAAUAAAUAUGGAGAAAAGAAAACUAAUGAGAAAUGGAAGCUCACUGUACAUUACUAUUGUUUGUUGAUGUCAAGUGGAAUUUGGCAGAGAGGUAAAGAAGAAGAAGGAGUUUAUGGUUUUCUAAUAGAAGACAUCAGGAAGGAAGUGAAUAGAGCCUCUAAACUGAAAUGCUGUAUUUGCAAGAGAAAUGGUGCUUCUAUUGGAUGUGUUGCACCCCGAUGUAAACGAAGUUAUCAUUAUCCAUGUGGACUGCAGAGAGAAUGUAUUUUCCAAUUUACUGGCAAUUUUGAGUCAUUCUGUUGGAAACAUCGACCUGUUCAAAUAACUCCACCUAAUACGUAUAGAGACUCCUUACCAUGCACCAUUUGCCUGGAAUUUAUUGAGCCUAUUCCAACUUACAACAUAUUACGAAGUCCUUGUUGUAAGAAUGCUUGGUUUCAUAGAGAUUGCUUACAGGUUCAAGCAAUAAAUGCAGGUGUGUUUUUCUUUCGGUGCACAGUAUGCAACAAUAGUGAUAUAUUUCAGGAAGAGAUGUUGAGAAUGGGAAUUCAUAUUCCUGAAAAAGAUGCAUCUUGGGAAUUAGAGGAAAAUGCUUACCAAGAACUUUUGCAGCACUAUGAACGUUGCGAUAUCCGGCGAUGUCGUUGCAAAGAAGGACGAGAAUAUAAUGCGCCUAAUAGCAAAUGGGAAAUAAAGCGCUGUCAGUGCUGUGGUUCUAGUGGAACACACUUGGCCUGUUCAUCACUGCAAUCAUGGGAACAGAAUUGGGAGUGUUUGGAAUGUAGAGGUAUUAUCUACAAUUCAGGAGAUUUCCAAAAACCCAAAAAACACACUCUACCCAAUUCAAAUAGCAUGGGCAUUAAUGAUUGUUUAUUGGAAGAGUCAUCCCCUAAAUUACUAAGACAGUCACCUGGAGCCCAGAGUAAAGAUCUACUGAGGCAAGGCAGCAAAUUUAGAAGAGACAUUUCAACUAUAUUAAUAGAGAUAGGUUUUCAAAUAAAAAAAAAAUCUAAAACACUAUAUAUCAACAAAGCCAAUAUCUGGAAUAGUGCCUUAGAUGGAUUAAAAAAUCAGAACUUUAAUCCUUCAUGUGCACUUGAAGUAGCAUAUAUAAAUGAAAAUGAUAAGUUUGGAAGAGAGCAUCCUGGAUCAAAGCAAGAAUUCCUAAGUCUCUUAAUGCAACAUCUUGAGAACUCAUCAUUGUUUGAAGGGUCCUUGUCAAAGAACUUAUCUCUUAAUUCUCAAGCUCUGAAAGAGAAUCUUUACUAUGAAGCUGGCAAAAUGCUUGCCAUUUCUUUGGUUCAUGGUGGUCCUUCACCUGGUUUCUUUUCUAAAACCUUAUUUAAUUGCCUUGCUUAUGGACCAGAGAAAACCCAACCAAUUUUAGACGAUGUUUCAGACUUUGAUGUCGCACAAAUUAUAAUCAGGAUAAAUACAGCAACAAAUAUGGAUGACUUAAACUCAGUAAUAAAUGAAUGCUAUAACUACCUAAAACUUACAGGUUGUCUAAAACUUAUAAGGACUUUAAGCGACAAAUAUCACCUGGUAAAUGACAUACUUUUCUACCAUGUCAUUAAGAGAGUCCAAGCACCCUUUGAAAGUUUUAAACAGGGUCUGAAAACUCUUGGUGUAUUAGAGAAAAUUCAGACUUAUCCAGAAGCAUUUUGUAGCAUCCUCUGUCAUAAACCUGAGACUCUUUCUGCAAAAGUCCUUAGUGAUCUUUUUGCAGUCCACACCUUAUCUGAUGUACAAACUUUGGGAUUUUGGAACACUUACUUACAGACCAUUGAGGGUGGUAAAUCUGCGACAACAAUGGAAGACAUUCUUAUUUUUGCAACUGGUUGUAGUUCCAUUCCACCUACUGGAUUUAAACCCACUCCUUCUAUUGAGUGCCUGCAUAUGGAUUUUCCUAUUGGAAACAAAUGUAAUAACUGUUUAGCUCUUCCAAUAACCAAUACAUAUAAAGAAUUUCAAGAAAAUAUGGACUUUGCCAUACGAAACACUCUAAGACUAGAAAAGGAAGAAAGUUCUCACUACACUGAACAUUAAAAUAUUUCUUUGAACCAAGCAAUGCUUCUUUAAAAGCCACUGUUGAUACUUUCUUUUGUUUCAGAAAUCUGGCCAUAUCAUCACUUUUGAACAAACUUCUUGGACCAAUAAAAUUUAUAAUAUGAACAUAAAGGAAUGUUUUGGCUGUUUAAGCUAAAAAAAAAAAAAAAAAUUUUUUUUUUUGGUAUACUAUUCAAAAUUGGUGGUGAUAUUUUUGUUUUCCUUAUAUACGUGCUUUAUAAACGUCUAUAUAAAUACUUGUAGAAUGGUCGUACAGACUUUAUUCAAGUAUAGUAUAAUUAGAAAAAGUAUGUAGUAUAAUUAGAAAAAAACUGUUUUAUUCAUUAUUUUUAUAAACAACUAUAGGAUCCCACAGUGGUUUUUCUAGUUUUAAACAAUUUUCAAAUCAAUCUUUAUUUUCCUUAUCUUAAAGCAUUAAAUAGAAAAGCUUAAUUGGUUAAGUCCUGUUAUGUAUGCUUUUCAGGAAGGCACCAAGUUGGUUGUUAAAAAUGUUUGAAUAUUACUGAUUUAUAUUACAAUAACCCUCACUGCAGUUAGGUUUAUACCAAAUGGAAAGUAUUAUUAUGUAAAAAGUAGAAUUGUACAAAUCUUCUGGAAUCUGUGAGCAUUGCAUAGGCUUAAAAACACUUCUGCAGUAGAUGGCAUAGUUGAAAAUACCUAGGUGAGUUCGUAAAACCUUGGCUUUAACCAUAGGAUUUUUUUUUUCCUUUCUGUAUCCCACAUGUGAUACUAAAUCAGAGUAUAUCUGAUACACAAUCAUUUUAGGUAUCUGAAUGAUCUGUAGGUUGCCAUGUGGUAGGUUUGCCUAUUUGACAUUUAUUAUCAAGAUGAUUGUGUGAUAGGUAAGCCGGCACCAUAGCAUCAUAUAGUCAUUUUCUUUGCUCUCGAAAGAUAUCUGUUAAUACUAUUUCUAUACAGUAGAAAUAAAGUUAAAAAAAAAAAAACCCAUUCUAAUCUCACCACA